GCGCGGGACGAAAAUGGAGCAGCUUGAUCCGCGCGUGCAGCGCGUGAUGGCGCAGCAACGACAGUUGAAUCGACAAACCGACAUGUACGACUGGGAUGCAAGAAGAAUAGACGUUGUUGAAGACGACGACAUGAUGUCAAGUCAAAUGAUCCGAGACACAGUCCACGAACUGGACGAUGACACCCUCUUCGACUCGAUAAAGCGCAUGUAUCGCUGCGAAGAGCUUAUGGACCUCCUGGACUUGGUCAAAGGAACGUUCCGUGGUUCAACUCGAGGUCUCGAGAUCACCAACGACCCAGUGCGAUUGGAAAAGCGCCGACGGACACUUGUCCUCGAGUUGUUCAAGAUCAUGAUGGACAGUCAUGUAAAUCAGCGGAAAGGGGAUUCCAUCUUUUGCUCACAGUUAGUGGAUAUCCUGCGUCGAGAAAUUGACUUUCUGGACAUGGCGAGUCUCCCGCUGCUCAUUGAACACAUCCUAUUCUCCGUCGAACAAGCAUACCGCAACCAAGAAGAGACUGCGACGUGCGUUCCCAUUCCCAUUCCCACCGUCGAACUCCUCCCUCACUUGCUUGGUCGUAUGAUGUAUUUUGCCAACGUCCCUCUCGCUUCCUCCGUCGUGUCGACGUGGGACUUUAGUGAUGGGGAUCCUUGGACAGGAGCCUUUUAUGUGAAUAAAGCACUGGGUCGGCUUAUCACCGCUCGAUGGCCCCAGCGCCUCGUAUGCCAGCUCGUGGGUGUGUUUUCCGACGUUGGGUUGACUCUGGACCAACACCAGCGACUGUGUGAAAAGUUCUUGGCCCAAAUCGACGUCGAAAUGACGCCAGCGGACCAAGAUUCACAGCCGGACUUUUCAAUUUUGCCAGGACUAUUGCACCACUUGCAACUAUUUGUCCAACACAAGUCUGCAACGCUCAAGCGUGACGUGCUGCAGUGCUGGAUAAAGUUUAUGCUGCAGCUGUCUAAGGACGCAUCUCGUGUCGAGAGUCACCGCCGCCUCAACCAAUUUGCUAUUCUGCAGUAUGGAGCCAAAGAACUUCGGUCGUUGCAAGCAACGAUGUUGUACCAUUUGGACAAGCUUGUGCUCCAAGAUGACUCGUUGGGGUCGUUGCUUUUAGAGUUGCUGCAUCCCACGCACGAAUCGUCGUGGACGUCGGUGCACAUUGCCGUCCUCCUCUUGCUUCACGUUCACACCAAAUUCGCGCUCACCAUCGACAAAAUAUGUAUCCAGGCAUUCACCACAAUGCUUGACCCAGAAGCAGUAUUGGCAAUGUUUUUGGAUGUGAUUGCGUCGUCAUCUCAAGGGCAAAUGGAAUCACUGGUUACGAGUACCAUUGCUGUUGGGUAUGUCUGUCUCACCCACAGUACCUCAUCUCAAUAUUCUGCCCUGAAACUACGAUCGGCAUCUCAUUCUGUUGCAACAUCAACAACGGAUCUCGGCAUUCAAGUCAUUCGUCACACAUUUCAUCAACACGCAUUCGUGCGGAUGUCUGUCCUGGACAUGUUGACCACGGCCUUGCUGCAAAUGUCAACGAACUGGGCCGCGUUUGCCGUCACCACCGAACGUAGCUGUACCAACAGCUUGGCACUUGCCCCCGUGAAACUUCUCGGGAUCCUAGUCGAAAGCUGCAUGCUUGAUUUUGAUGCGACGCUGCUCGAACGUGUGCGUGAUUUGAUUGAGCACAUUCCGUCCUUUCCAGAAGCGGUGGCAACACCACUCCUGACUGCGCUCGGGCCACUCUUGCGCCAUAAAGUCCACCUUCGCAAUGCACUUAUCUUGACGAUGCGAAAAGCAAUGUUCAAACGCGAUGCGCCAUCUCGAACGAUCGCGAUUGUUGGACUUUGCGCUGUCUUGGAGUGUGCCAUGCAUGCCAACAACGCACGCCCGAUCUACCUCACGCAGCAUCCCAAUUCCAAAAGCAACCACCACGCCAGCCAGGUCCCGAUCAGUCAAUCUCAGUCGGUCGUCGACAUGGACAACUUGGACGUUGAGCAAGGCAAUGUUGUGAGUGUGUUUCGCCAGUUCUCAUCGCUUUUUCGCAAGGCGCUGACGUGUCAACGACCUGUUCGCGAAACGCUCUACGUGCACAUGAAGCGCAUGGUCAAGCAGUGUCCAGGACUGUGCGGUAUUGUGAUGGACCUCCUCGUGCCCCAUCUGCAACCGUGCAUCGAACCCAACGAAGCGCUAAGUCCACCGCUGUACUUGAAAGAAGACGAUUCGAUUCCCCUCUUGUUGGAUGCGAUCUUGGCAUGCGAUAGCAACUUUGCCGUGUCUGUGAUGGAACGAAUGAAGCACGUCGAAAUGGAAGACUUUGAACUAGACAAAACGAGCAUUGCUGUCGAAGGAUCACCCACCCACGCUCGCGCUAAGGAUGUUGUGACACUUUGUGAGGUCGCGCUCAACCACAUUUGGGAACUUGAGACUGAUAGCCCAGUGCUGAGCUUGGAGCAACGAAUGCAUGGGUUAAAGCUGAUUGAAGUACGCCACAAAGUCACACUGUUGAUUAAAGCACACCAAGCUGCGCAACAACCCAGUGGCUCUUUGAAGCGGUCGAAAGGUGAUAAAACCAGCGGCGACAGGACGGGGAAACCCACCGCAUUGUCCAACCGUACAAUUGGCGACGGUUCGAUUUAUUGUGUUCACCAUCGAUCGCUCUUGAUUGUGCUGCAGUCGAUGGUACGCCAAGUGGAUUCGAACUUGAACGAUCCAAUGGUCCAACAAUGCAUCCUCGAACUCACCCAUCGAUUCAUGCGACAAUGGCUGGACCAAAAGUCGCUCACGUGGCUCCAAGCAAAGAAAUCCAGCACGAUGUUUCGCCUUUCGCCGCGGAUGCAACUAGAGUUUCUCACGGAGUUGGUGGCGUUGCUCUGGAAAGCGUCCGAGGAAAUACUGGCAGGACACGCGGUCGCGCAACCCCCGACGUCUGUGUCGUUGACAGCUGCCAAGAAGAAGAGGCAGGCCACCAACAGCUCUGCGAAAGCCCAGGUCGCGGAAUCCCUUCAAUCUGUCGCGUACGUUGUCAUUGGAAUGAUCUUUGACGCGACGGCACCACAAAUUGACGUGCUUCUUCGAGCCAUGCUGAUCGACGGGGACAGAGUUGCCAACCAAGCUACUGCCGAAUCGCUUGGCCUCGAGCUUCAAAAGAAAGUGUUUGGCCUCAUUCGCAACGACCAAACUGUCGAAGCACAUCUCUUGUUUCGUUUGCUAACCACACAUGUGUUCCCGACAUACUCAGUCGAAAUGACUGAGCGCGCACGGAAAUGGAUGGAGGCUGUGUGCUCGUCUCAGUCGAUGGUGUCGUAUUUGCCCCUUGUCAUGCUCUUUGUCCAGAGUUUGCUCAAGUUGCCGGCGAAUUGGCUGCGCUUUGCAUGCGCAAUUAGGCGAUUCCUCUGUGCGGAGGAUGGGGGCGACAACCCCGACGACCUUCAAGGCCAGCCAAACGCCGAGCCCACUUUGGCAUGCAUGACGGUGAAAACCGUGGGACCAAUCACGCAUCUUCUCCUUGAAUCAUUGGAACACGCAAUGGAGAAGGUGGGAUUGAAGCUCAAAAGCCGCCGGCAAACUCAAGGCACCGCACAAGUUAUGGACGAAGCUGUUGAAACAACCUUAUACAACCAACUGACAUUGGUUGCAGAAUGCUGCGCCCCCCUCAUGUCGACGUCGUUCCCAAACCACACAAUAACGUCGCGCGUGAUUCGCACCAUGGUGAGACUAUACAAAGUCAGCACGGCCAUUGUGCAGCGCCAACUGCGGUCGAAAUACGACAAGAUGCACGUGUACAGUCGAGCAUUUUUGGAUGCAACAAGCCGUCACUUAACGCCAUUGGUGCUGCAAUUCAUCGCGUGCAAUCAUGAAGAAAACAAGCGCAAGGCUGCUGUGACGCCCCGAUCGUCCAAGAAACCAAAAAAGCUCCACCCUGAUGCCAAGCUCAUUCCAGACCUCAUCUACCAAGUCGAACAGUACGACGUGGUCAUAAUCAAGUUGUCUAAACUGUGCAAGAAUGUCAACUUUACUCGAUGGUGUGUGCGUCGUCAAGCGCGUGAUUUCAAGCUCAACCCGGACAAAGUGUCUCGAAUUAUAUUGCCUGCUCUUGACCACGAUCAGCAAAACGACGGGGGAUCGGAGAACGAAGCAGGUGGCGCUCCGUUUCAUCUGGGCGGCCGGCGGACAACUUCACAAGCAGAGGGGGUCUAUCAUGAUGACGUUCCAGACCAAAAAACUGGCGACGACGAAGUUGUGGAAGACACGGAAGACGAAGAUGCUUCAAAGGACAUUGAAAACUUGUAUUCUGGCGAAGACAACGACACCAAUGACGACGACGACGACGACGAUGUGCCAGCGACUGCUCGACAAGAAGACAACGCCGAUGACGGAGAGGACGAGGAGAUGACGUCGCGCCACGUCAAGCGUCGAAGGCAAGUCGUGAUGGACGAUUAAUAUACACUCUAGUUAUUGG